AUGUCGCUUUCAUCCUACACCGUCGUCCUGAUCACCGGGGCAAAUCAGGGUAUCGGGUUCGAAUGUGUGAAGAAGCUAGCCACCGAGCAGCCCAACUACCGCAUCAUUCUCUGCUCUAGGGACGCUCAAAAGGGCAAGGAAGCCGCCGCUGCGGUUACCCACUUCGCAAAAAACACAACUGUCGAAGCUUUGGAACUGGACAUCAAUAACGAUGAAUCGAUCGCGCGGGCUGCGAAGUAUGUCGAAGAGAAGUAUGACCGACUGGAUGCCCUCCUCAACAACGCCGGAAUCAUGUCGACGCCAGGCGCCAAAAGCUUCCGCGAUGACUUGAGAGGAGUGAUGGAGACCAAUGCCAUCAGCGCGGCCUGCGUCACCGAGGCCUUCAUCCCGUUGAUGGAGAAGUCACCCCACCCACGCAUUGUGUUCAUGUCGUCCAACUUCGGCUCCAUCACAUAUUGUCUGGACGCCUCGCGCCCGUUCUACGGCUACGACGCGAAACCAUACUUCACCUCCAAGGCCGCCAUGAACAUGCUCGGCGCGCAGUAUGCCGUGCAGCUCGGCAACAAACGCGGCGGCUUCAAGGUCAACAUGGUCGACCCGGGGUUUCGGUCCACCAAUUUGAAUGGGUUUCACGAGUACGGCGGCGACCCGGCGGAGGGGGCCGUCGAGGCGUGCAGGUUGAUCAUCAGCACCGACGAGGAUGGGCCGAAUGGCACUUUUACAUCCAUAGAAGGACCGCUUCCGUGGUAG